AUGAUCGCCAUGAGAGAUACGAUUGCUUUCACCGAUCAAGCGCGCUUCGACAGCUUCAUGAACCAACACAGGAAUGGCAACACCAUGACUUCAUACGACUUGAUCGAUGGCAAUGUCCAGAUUCGCAUCGUCAGAUCCAAGACCCUCGAAAUACUCGCAGAAGCCACCUUCGCUGAUAGUGGCCUUGCCAAGCAGUUGCUCGUCAAGAUGGGCGAUGCUGCAAAGAAAGUCCAGAACACAAGAGCGAAUGUGACUGAGAGGGGUAUCCAUAGUACGCCGGAACCGGAAAGAGAAGUUGUGGUUUGA